AUGCUCUUCAAGCAGCGGCAGACUAGUGAGUCUCUGGAGAUAGUGAAGUUGUUGCUUGAGCGUGGAGCAGAUCCGAAUAAGCAGGGUGGAUACUACGAUAAUGCUCUUCAAGCAGUGACACGACAGGGUAAUCUGGAGAUGGUGAAGCUGUUACUCAGUCAUAAUGCGGACGUCACUAUACAGCCGAAAUCGAUAAGCCGUCGUUCUCUGCUUCACGUUGCCGUUGAGUCCGGCGAUCUUGCUGUUCUGGAAACACUAUGGGAUGCGGGUGCAGGUAUUCAUUUGACCACACAGGAUGAGUCUGGAUCAACACCACUCCAUGUUGCGGUCGACAAAGGGGGCGUUGCAAUUGCCAAGUAUAUUCUCGAUCACGGAGCUUCGCCGGAUAUAGAAGACUUGGGGGACACAAAUUCAUUUCAGUUGGCUAUGCGCAAAAAGAAUCGCGAAAUGGUGCUCUUACUUUAUCCAAAAACCACCGCCGGUCUAUCCAAGAUAACCGCAUCAGACUGGCGACUUUGUUCUGGCGGUGUUUCUAAUUGCAACCUUGAGAUGGUUAGUGAUCAGUCAGCCAAGGUCGUUUUCAGAGAUAAGAGCUUGGAACGGGAACUUGUUGAAAGGUCAUACCCUCUCUCCGGGCGGACAAAAUCACGUGCGCAUUUCACUGACUUCAUGAACAAACAUCGCAUUGGUAAACGAAUGUUCAUCCUUGCGGAUGGUACUAUGCUGCCUCCUCAAGCUGAAUUCAGUGUCCACUGCCGCUGGUGGCACCUGUCGCACGGGCACUGGGAGGCCCUGAUGAGCUCAGCCCCAAGCCAGAAUACUGUUCGCCAAACAACUGCAGAAGAUUGCUUUUUAGAAUGUGCGCUGUCUUUCGACUGCUAUGCCUUACCAGAAAACAUGGACCUUUGGCCGAAUGAUGUACAGCUCGAAGCAGAUGCUCUUCAAGAAUUCCAAAGCCGGCAAGGAAUUCUGUGGAUUAUGAUGAAGUCUGGAGCUUACGAAGUCUACGAUUCGAGAAAUCUGGAAUCUCGUAUCUUCUUCAGUACUUCAGAAUAUGCUGAGAUACCUAAAACGGCGACAGAUCUUCUCUGUCCCCUAGUACUGAAGGUCCAAAGCAUUUGGGGUCAGAACUUCAGCCGGUUUCAGAAACAUCUUGGGUUGAUGCGUACGAGGAUCUUGAGAUCGAGCGGUAGCGAUCCAAGCUUGAUACAGUACCUUCUGAUCGAUGCCAAACUUCUAGAAAUCCUCAAAGAAAAUUUUACGAAGCAAAUUGAAAAUCUUCAAUCAUUUCGAGAUUGGUACCAGAAUGAGUCGGCGAGAGUGUUACACCAAUUGCCUCCCGAUGAGGUGAAAAAGAAGAUGCAAGAUUUUACGAAGGCAAGCGACGAACUACAAACGACAACUGGAAGGCAAUUAAGCAUUCUUACCGAGUCAUCUCAGAACCUGAUCCAAUUGGAGUUCAACUUGACGUCCAUUGCAGAAGCGCAAAGAUCAACAUCGACGAAUAAAAGCAUGAAGCGCCUUAGCUGGAUUACGUUCAUAUUCCUUCCAUUAGUGUUCAUUGCGAGUCUUUUCGGUAUGAAUGUCGACGUACUUAAGAGCAACCCUGCUUGGUGGUGGUAUCUGCCAUUCGCUACACUCACCACGCUCCUAACCUUUGUCGUAUGGAUUGUAUUCAAGCGCAAUAAAACCCUGGAAGGUAGUCUUGAAACUCGUUUCAGGUGGCUUUUUCAACGGCCAAAAGGAGAAGAGGACCUUGAAAUGGGCUCAGAGUCAGGCUUAAAUGGACUCAGAGGGACGAAGAGAGUCAAAGAGAGCGACAAGUCUUUCCUGCAUCUGGGAAGAAAAGAUCAUAGCUCAGGGCGAGGUAUGGUAGGGCAUGACAAGAAUCGUUGCCUGUCGGUGUGGUUGCGCGGCCGGGCUCGGAGCUUUUUGCGCACGAAUAAUGACUGA